UUCAUUGUGGAUUAGAAUGUUUCUCUCGCGAGACUUUACGAGAAUUCAGUGACGCAAAGCAGGGAUAGUGUUCUUCGCUGAUAAAAUUAAUUUAGAUAUUUAGUUGAAUUAAGAUGACAGACACUAGUGACUUAGAUAGACAAAUUGAGCAACUACGACAGUGUAAGAUUAUCAAAGAAAGUGAAGUAAAGGCUCUCUGUGCGAAGGCUCGGGAAAUUCUUGUAGAGGAAAGCAAUGUCCAGCGAGUUGAUUCACCAGUCACAGUGUGUGGAGAUAUACAUGGCCAGUUUUAUGACUUGAAAGAAUUAUUUAAAGUGGGUGGCGAUGUACCUGACACUAACUAUUUGUUUAUGGGAGAUUUUGUAGACAGAGGAUUUUACAGUGUAGAAACUUUUCUACUUUUAUUAGCUUUAAAAGUUCGAUAUCCAGAUAGGAUAACAUUGAUACGAGGGAACCACGAGAGCAGGCAGAUAACACAAGUAUAUGGAUUUUACGAUGAAUGUUUGAGAAAAUAUGGGUCAGUAACGGUAUGGAGAUACUGCACAGAAAUAUUUGAUUACCUGAGCUUGUCAGCUAUAAUUGAUGGAAAGAUAUUUUGUGUACACGGCGGUUUGUCACCGUCCAUACAGACCUUAGACCAAAUUCGAUCUAUAGACAGAAAACAAGAGGUUCCACAUGAUGGUCCAAUGUGUGAUCUACUCUGGUCAGAUCCGGAAGAUAUGCAGGGUUGGGGUGUUAGUCCACGAGGAGCAGGGUAUUUGUUUGGUAGUGAUGUAGUCUCCCAGUUCAACCAAGCGAACAAUAUAGACCUGAUAUGUCGAGCACAUCAGCUCGUCAUGGAGGGUUACAAAUGGCAUUUUAAUGAAACAGUUUUAACAGUAUGGUCAGCACCAAAUUACUGCUACAGAUGUGGUAAUGUAGCAGCAAUAUUAGAACUAGAUGAACAUUUACAAAGAGACUUUACAAUAUUUGAAGCCGCCCCACAGGAAUUACGAGGUAUACCUUCCAAAAAGCCACAGCCCGAUUAUUUCUUGUAGUGAACAAAGAGGAGUGAAAAGGAGAUGAUAUAGGACUAGACUGUUGUUAAAAUAGUAGGGUGCCUUUAUCUAAAAAAUCUCACAAAGGUUAUCUUAAAUAUCUGACCAUUUACAAAUAACUGUGAUAGUUUACCCUUGUCUUUUUAUUGUUUAUUUGGACAAACAUGCCAGCUGUAAUGUGAUUAUUUUCUCAAGCUUUAAUGAGAAAUGUGUCUGCAAUAUUGGCAAUCCUUUUUUUCCUAGAAAUACCAAAUAUUUUUAUCAAAGUAAACAUUUUUUAGCGAAAGGUACCCAACCAUUUUAGCAUUAUUGAAACAGCUUGGUGUUCACCAUUAGUUGUUCUGGACAUUUGAAUACAACAGUUAUGAAAGUUGAAGAAUUAAAUCUGACAGAUGAAGGAUUCAUAAGUUUUUACACAGCAGUUUUGUAUCACACUCUUCAUGUAUCAGCUGGUCAAGGACAUUUUCAAGUAAAUACACAUCAUCAGACAAAAGUGAACACAAUUUAUGUGAAGAAACUUUUUUAACAGCAUCCCCAUACAGUUUCUGUUGGUUUUUUUUUAGAGAAAAGUAGGCUUCUUUGUAAAAUGUAUAUUUUGAAACUGAAUUACACUUUUAUAAAUUUUGAUUGAAUUUAUAAUAAAUUUUCAGCAGUUUUUUAUUUUCGUUGAAUGUGAAGAGCAAAGCACCUGUCAUUUUUUAUUGAGUUUCAACAAAUAGGGCAGUAAGAGUAUAAAGUAAUGGGGCCAUGUUAAAAUGAUGUUCUAGAUGUUCUGAGAAAUAAUCUCAUAUGCACGUAUGUGUGUGAAAUGAAAAAUCAAAAGUAUUCAGUUUGUUCAGUUUGAAAAAAAAAUUAAAGUAACUUUUAAAUAUCUUAUAAUAAUUGAAUAAACACUGUAACUUGAAAUCAAACUUAUCUUGUCAUUUAGGAAAAUAAAGUGAAUGAAUUCUCUCAUGAAUUCUGUCUCAUUUGUCAUACAUGUAUAUAUCUGAUUGGCUCUUUGAACUGAAAUAUUUUGUUUUGAGAACAGAAUGGAUAAAUGUCAUUACUUGUUGAAUUUGGAUUUCACUGUAUUAUCAUUCAUGGUAGUUUUCUGUUAAGCCUUCAGUUUGUAUACAUUUUGACAUUGGUAUGAUGUCAUAACUUAUUUCCAACAUCUUGAAGGCUAAUAUGGAAUUUUGUUGUUUUUUUUUCUUCUUUUUAAUCAACACCAACACAAUAUUAACAAUAAUUUAACAGCUUAUUUUGUCGACAUUGUUUCUUUUCUGUAAAUUCAAAGAGGCUAGGAUGUAUUCCUUAAGCCAUUAAUUUACAAAUUGCUUUAAUACAAGAGAGAGAGUGUGAAGCAUGAAUUAUGGGAAAGUGAUCAGCUGCAGUAUCUUCAACCACAGUAUUACAACUUACAGAUAUACAUAGAAACAUUCAUGGAUAUUGGUCAGUAGUUCGAACCAGUAUCAUACAGAAUAAGAAUCAGUUUUAACAUUGGAGGUUGUUAAGACACUGUAAAUAGUGUAGAAAUAAGUUUUUAUUGUGUUAUAAUGUAAAGAUUUGUUGUCAUAUCUUUCAUAGCUGUUAACAUUUCUUGGUAGCAAAAUAUUUUUGAUUGACCUUAAUACAAGACAAGGGUACUUUUAAUUUGUCAAGGAAAUGGGAAUUAGUCAAGCCUUUUGUUGGCAGUAUAAUAUUACAAAUAAGAUUUUAUUUCUUGUGCAAUUGUUAAGAGGAAAACUUGCAUACAUAGUGGAAAAUUCAGUGUUCCGAAGUUAUUACCAAAAUAUGAGGUUUGCUUAUAUGAAAUGGUCAGAAGUGAUGCCAUGUAUGAGUCUAUGGUUCAGGUCUAUUUCUAGACAAGUUAUUGCGUACUGUGUAAUUUUCUGUAGGAUGACUGGUGCAAGACUUUUAGAAAAUUAACAAGUUUUUAUUUCAAGAUAGGAAAACAGCAUUUUUCAGGAAAAAAUCUUCAUUCCUGAAAAGUCGAAGGAAUUGCCACAGUGUUAAAAUUGUUAUUUUUACAUACAGGAUUAGGCAUAAUAGUUUUCUAAGAGUAUAUUUAUUAAAACAGCUAAAUAUAUUUCUUCUUGAAAUGAAUAUUUGAAAAUAAAAACAAGAAUGUGAGUAGCAUUUAGUCACUUAAGUUUGUUCCUUUCAUUUACAAAAUUAGAAUGAGACCAUGUGAGCCGUGCCAUGAGAAAAUCAACAUAGUGGUUUGCGACCAGCAUGGAUCCAGACCAGCCUGCGCAUCCGCGCAGUCUGAUCUGCAUCCAUGCUGUUCACUAAAGGUUUUUCUAAUUGCAAUAGGCUUUAAAAGCGAACAGCAUGGAUCCUGACCAGACUGCGCAAAUGCCCAGGCUGGUCUGGAUCCAUGCUGGUCGCAAACCCACUUAUGAUGGUUUUCUCAUGGCACGGCUCAUGUUUUUUGUAGUAUUAUUUUGAAUUUACUUGUACAGAAAAUUUUGUAUAUAAAACUUUAUGUCUUUGAUUUGCUUUUAUGUCAACAGUAAUUUAUUUCUUCCGAAAACAAAUUUUGUCAAAAUUAGCUGAAUAUGUGAACAAAAUUUUAUCUUAUACCAUUGCUAUGAUUUAAAGUGAAUUGUAAAUAGAACUUGUAAGUAAAUAUCAGAUCUGUCUAGACCUGACUCUGAGAAACUGAUCUUUUAAAGAAUAAAGAUGGCUGAAUGUGAAAGAUACUGACUGCAACUGUUUUGCACUCAGCUGUGGUAUAGCUCCUGAGUUUGAAUUUUAUUGUAGAGGCUAUACAAUAUUUCAUAGAUCAAACUGUUUUUAUCAAGCAAUAUUUGUUUUAAUUCUGAUCUAUGAGGCCUUUUGUAAAAUGAUGAAUUUGAAUAAAUUUUCAUGAAUAAAUA